AUGGACUGGUCACAAUUUCUAGACCCCCAAAUUCUCCUGGGAAUGGGCGCAUUUACACUAGGGGCAAUUAAUGCCUAUCGCAAUCGCCCACACAAUCAACGGAAUGCGACAGAUAAUGAAAUUAACGCAUAUCCAACCGCACCGGAACAUCGCAGUGAUAUAUUGACGAGACGCGAUCCUGCUGAUGUUCACCUUAUCGCUAUUGAUGGCUUUAUUGAAAGCAAUGAUUAA